GCGAUCUCUCCCCAGCGUCGUCAUCGUCCUCUACGAUCCAACAUCGUCCAUGGCUCUCCGAUUCGCGACGAAAACGUCGCUCUCCUUCUCCUCCGAUCCCCAGUCUCCCCGAGCGUUCAUCUCAUCGCUUUCGCGGAAGAUGCAGCGGCUCGUCCGUCCCCUUGCUCCUGCUUCGCAGAUGGAGAAUACCGCCCAAAGGGUCGUCCUAUCUUCGAGCAGAAUCGAGUCAGUAGUAACUUUGCAGUUCUUCGAGAGCAAGACUGCCGAAAGGAAACGCUUGGAAGUCCUCAGAGCUGAAAAGACAACCAAAGUUGGACGUGCAGUAAACUUUCCUUGAGUUGAAUUCCCUGGAUAACUUUUCCCUCGGCCAGGGAAAGUCGACUGUUGCACCUAUGAGCUCUUCUUCAAUUUGUGGGUUUUGACUCAACCUCUGGAGAACUUAUUGUUGCGUCAUUGCUGUUGUGCAGUGAUAACUGUCAGAGACACAAGAAAAUUUUGAGUUCAUGGUGGAAGAAGGCUUCUUGAGAUGGUGGAGGGACAUCUGAGUACAUUGGUUUGGGGAUUUUGGUUUGUUGUUGCUGUUCAAUUUUUCAUGAUCACUUACUGUUCAGUGGGCUGCUAUGUUGUUGAAUCCAAAUAAAUGAAUUCCUCUGUAGCAUCGAUCAUAAAGUUGCUUGCUGCAUGUCAAGAUGAUUACAGAAGGUGACUACACAACUGUACACAGUUUGCUGGCCUAUGUAAUUAUUGUUCCGGGUACUUCUGACCUCUUUGUUUACCAGUACCAUGAGAUAUAUAUCUGCAUGGUCACGCUGCAAAAUCUAUAAGCUAUAACUCUAAAAUUACAUUGGUGGAUAGAAAAAUAGGAAAAAGUCUGGAGCAUUAUCACAUGAACAUGUCUUAUAACUUGCAUGAAAGACUAGACUUAGGGAUUCUGUUUCAUUAAUCAGUGGUUUUCUUCCUUUCUGGUUGUAAGUAGGGUUAACCUUUGAUGGAAAUUCAUUUUUGUUUUUUUUUUAAACUCAAUCUAAAUAUGACGGGUAUAUAUGAUGUUUUCUUGCUAGUCUUAUUAAUCUGAUUCUCCCUGGUUCUUGCAAGAAACAUUCAUUGUAAGACCAAGAGUUGGUUUCGCUGUUUUUUAUUGUCAUUUGUGAAAAAUACUGUUGCUGAGGUUUCCUGCAGACAGAAGGGUCGAUAUAUUUAACAAAAAAAGAAAUAUCGCUUGAGAUGAGUAGGACCGAGUGCUCUCUAUCUAACUGAGUAGCUAGCAAGUGUGUUAUCCAUGACCAAGUGCACAUGUUCCUCACUUAGCCAAUAAGAAAGAAAUACAUGUCUUCUUCAGAGUAGCUUCUUGAUGGUAGGAAACAUAUUUAUAAUCAACUGCAUUUUGUGGCCGGUGGUUGUGCUGUAAUCAUGCUAGAAAAUGAUGGGUUGCCCUAGUAUGCCUGUAUUUAUAGUUUCUAUGGUUGUUAUUCUGAAGAAAGGGGUGUUGAAAUGGCUAGUGCUUGUGUCUUCUGUGGGAACAUUUAUAACAAUGUGGAUGUAUUUGUGCAACUUGAAUUUCUGGGGAUUGUUGAUUAGGAGAAAUCGUCAUAUACUAGGCGAGAUACUCUUUCCACUCACAUGAUUGUGGGUCUUAUGUGGAUGGUCCGCAUCAUAUGUGAAAAGAAGGGAAUAUAAUCCCAGAGCACCAAAUAAUUUAUUCUUUGUUUCUGAAGCAUAAAUCCAGUUCUAAUCACAUAUAUGUUUUCAGGCCUACAAAAUAUGUCAAAAGGUAUUGUUCGCCAAUAUUCGUUUACUCUUUAUACAUGUAAUGUCAAAAAUUGGUUUAAGCACUUCUGCGUAAUGAAGAUGACAGCUAAUAGAUGAAUUGACUUAGUAGAUGUUGGCCUCACAAUAAUUUUUGGUGGCAUUAUUAGUACAUGAGGAGGAGGUUCAAAUUUACUUCUAUUUAUGGUAGCUUCGUUGCAAAGAUAUUAUAUGAUAUCUUUGUUUUCUCCACAUUUUUAAGAUGUACUAUUAUGAAAUAGUUAUGUCAGAAGGCAGAUGUUCUGUAAAUGUCGCUGUGAUUUCUUUGACAAAAUAAGAGGUGAUAUGACAAAAAGGAAGUUCAAUUUUGCCAAGAUUUUCUAUGGCAGUCUAGAUUUGGUUUUGUGACGAGAAAGUAACUGAUCUUGAAGAUGCCAAGUUUGUAUACUAAAAAGAUCUUGUAUUUAACCAUGUUAUUUGUAUUUUGGUGCUUGAAUACUGAAUUUUUCUGAAGUCUUUCUUGUGUUCAAAAUUAAGAGUGCAUAUUGAAGGCUUAAUGUGCUAACCAUUGGAGGUGUAAUUGAUCUACCAAGCGGAAUCCCUCGGGAAUAAAGUUUGCAUUGGAUUUUUCUCUUGACACUUUGAGUACAUGCAAGUAGUUUGCUGACGUUAUUGGUAAAAGACUUGGUGUUUUCCAAGUGUUUGCCUUGUGUUAUUUAUCCGAUGUCGUUUCUCUCUACCUCGUCUCACGUUUAUCCACCUCUCUUUGUGCGAAAAGUUGGACUUUCCUUCUUUUGAGCAUUUUAUGAUAAAGAUUUUUUCUUCCCCAUUUGCUCUCUCCUCUAAUCAAUGCCCAAAUCCAUUUCCAUGCCGUAUAAUCCUAAUUACUGGUCCUGAAUAUGGAGUGACUUUAGAUCUGCUAGAACAGAGAAUGCCGUGAGAUCCAGAGUCUUGCCUUUCUUCUGAAACACUCUCCAUCCUCAUUGUAUUUUUGACAUAGAAUGAGAGAUCCAGUGAGUAGUCUAUGGGGUGGUAUAUGGUGAGUCUGGAAGAGAUGGCAUUUGAAUUGUGAUGUGGAGUUGAAUCACUCUCCGAGUGGCAAAGAUGAUGGCUCGGGCCCGACGAAGACGCAAGUGUUUGAAAUUAUAUUCGGAAGAUGCAGUGUAUUCUGAAGAUGACUUGUUAAGCAGGUUACCGGAUGACAUUCUUCUUCUAAUUCUGGAUAGACUACCUAUGAAGGAUGCCCUGGGAACUUCUAUGCUUUCACGAAGUUGGAGGUUUUUGUGGAAGUCCAUGCACAAGGUGGACUUUACAUACCGUUGGGUCGAAGAAACUGGAAACGAAGUCAUUCCUUCUGUGAGCCAAUUUUUCCGUAGAUGUAGGCUUCCGAAGAUAUACUGCUUUCGUUUAUCUUUUAGGUACAACAGCUGUAUGCUUCACCGUGUCAACUCAUGGAUCUCUCUUGCCCUUAAAAAUGGUGUUGAAGAACUAGAUCUCAACUUCAACGAUCUGGAGGAUAGAAGGAAAAAGGCCAUGUGGCGUCAUCCUUACUACCAUUUUCCUGAACCCUUAUAUAGCAGUUCUUCAGUAGUGAAACUGGGACUGGCUUUUCUAAAGCUCGAUUUGCCUGCUCGAUUGCACCUUAAGAACUUAAGAGAACUUUCUUUAGAUAGGGUAGUAUUACCGGAUGAUGCAAUCGAGAAAAUCGCCACAGACUGUGAAAAGCUCGAGCUGUUGUCCCUGACUAAUUGCAACAUGCGUGGCAAUCUGAAAAUUACCAUUCAGCCGAGAACAGUUCCAAUAAAGGUUUCAAUUUUGGAUGGGUUCAUGAUGGUGGAACCAAAGACCAAUCUCGUUAUUGAUUGUCCAACACUGGGAGGAUUAGAAUUUCGGGGCGGCAUGACCAGGAGUAAUUUCCUGAUAAAAAAUGUUCCAGCCGGAGUUGAAGCACGAUUCAACUUUGAUGAGAUGCUUUAUCGUCGACGGGUGGUGCUCGUCACUGGAGCUGGUCUCUAUGGCGCACAGUACGACAAAAACUUGCAGAGCCUUCUUAAUAUAUUCCAGUCUGCUAGACACUUUCAUUUCUGCAGUUGGUGUAUUCAGAUAUUAUCGGUGAAAAAGAUGAUGAAACAAGAAAUGGUGACGCUUGGUUCAACCAGUCUUGUGCUGGAUACAGGGCUGCUGAAGUGGGAGCUUCCUGGAAUCGCCUGCUUGCUGACAGCCUGUCCUAAUCUGGAAAACCUUGCUGUGAUUAUGGUUCGGCAAGCUAUGUUUAAUAUCAGAGAGACUUUUACAAGAAAGUAUGAUUUUGAAGAGGGGCGAUUCUGGGAAAUCAUGAGUCAAGAAACUCUUCCCUGCUGGCAGAAACUGCGUGUUCUCAAGUUCAAGAAUGAGUACGGUGACUACCAAACUUGGGACGAGGGGAUGUUCUGUGUGAGGAGAUUCUUCACGGGUUAUGAAAAUAGCAUGGGUUUGUUGAAAUUUGUGCACAGCAAGGCAGCAAAUCUGGAGAGGGUGAUCUUCAGAACCAACACAAAAAGCAUUACCUAUUUGCCGUCUGACUUGGCCAUUUACCUGUGACGUGGUUUUGUUUCGAAAAAGAGCCUACUUGGAUUUUCAUGCCAUUUGAAAGGCAUGGUUCUAAUGUUCUUGUUCGGUUAGUAGAUGCAAAAGACUGAGUUACAUUUGUGAGCUGAAUUUUGUCAUUUAUGGAAGCUCUGGAAGCUGCAGGAUACCCAGGACCUUGAUUGAAUAUACUGUCUUGCAACGUGUGAUGCACCAAUAAUAAUCGUAAACAUGAACUUCUAUUGAGUAA